AUGGCAGCUGAGAAAGCUGAAAUGGAAGCACUGAAAAAGGAGUGCGAUGGCCUCCGAACCCAGAUUGAGACGGCCCGCAAGGCUGUGGCUGACAACAACAUGGCAGCAUCCGCUGGCGGCGUGGCAGCGGUGGGCCAAGUUCAGCUGAAGCAAAGGAAGAACCUCAAGGGUCACCUGGCCAAAAUCUAUGCCCUGCACUGGGGAGGCGACUCAAGACAAAUGGUCAGCGCAUCACAGGACGGCAAGCUGCUCAUCUGGGACACCUUCACAGGAAACAAGGUGGCUGCCGUCCCUCUCAAGUCGGCCUGGGUGAUGAGCUGUGCCUACGCCCCCUCCGGUAACAUGGUGGCCAGCGGCGGCCUGGACAACAUGUGCACCAUUUACAACAUCAAGGCCGCCAGCCCCAAGACCCUCAAGGAGCUGGACGCACACACAGGGUACCUGUCUUGCUGCCGUUUCCUCAGUGACACCGAGAUCCUCACUGCCUCCGGUGACACCACCUGCUGUCUGUGGGAUGUGGAGACCGGUAAGCAGAAGAUUGUGUACACCAACCACAUUGGAGACUGCAUGUCACUGGCCCUGUCCCCCGACAUGAACAUGUUCAUCUCCGGGGCCUGUGACUCGCUGGCCAAACUCUGGGACCUGAGGGACGGCACCUGCAAGCAGACCUUCCCUGGACACACCAGUGACAUCAACGCCAUUGCUUUCUUCCCCAAUGGUCACAACAUUGUCACAGGCUCCGAUGACUGCACCUGUAAGAUGUACGACCUGCGCUCCGACCAGGAGGUGAUUAGCUACGAGAGCUCCAGUCUGAAGGCCGGCGUCACGUCAUUGUCUCUCUCCCUGUCGGGUCGCCUCAUCUUUGCCGGCUACGAUGACUUCAACUGCAACAUCUGGGACACCCUCAAAGGAGAGAAAGUUGGAGUGCUGUCUGGCCAUGACAACAGAGUGAGCUGCACCGGUGUGCCUGCAGACGGCAUGGGUGUGUGCACGGGGUCCUGGGACAGUUUCAUGAAGCUGUGGAACUGA